CAGAGCAAAGGCCGCUCUUUCUUCACAAAUUAAAAAAAAAAAGUUUUAUAAUUCGUAGCUCUGUGCAGCGUACAUGCGUUAAACAUACAAUCAACGUAUAAAGUAAAAGACGGACAGGACAGAAGAGAAAGAGAAGGUGCAAAUGCAAGAGACUGCACCACCAACUGCUGUACAUUACGGUGGAUGUGCUCGAGAGAGAGAGAGAGAGAGAGCUCGAGCGCCAACAGCAGCCCAAUAAGUUGUCCUCGGGAGAGUGAAUUAUGUUAUCAGCAUUAACAACGCGUACGAGGGGAUAUCGUAAGCGAGAACACAUAGACAAACAUUGCCGGAGAGGAGAGAGCUGGCAUCAGCUUCAGCGGUUCAAUUCACCGAGUGUUGUGUAAACAAUUCAGCGACGAUAAGAAGAAUAAUGUCGCAGUCGAUUUUUGACGCGCUGUCCGGAGUCUCUCUAGACAGCUCGAGCGUGCAGUCCCUUUUGGAGUCUCAGACCUUGAUAAAUGAAGUUGAGCAUUCAGGUAUGCAUUAUUUACAUCUUUGUUGGAAGUAUUGGUUAACUGCCCAGGUUUUUGUAAUGAAUAAUCUUUUUUUUUCAGCAUUCGAUCAAGAUGAGGAGGAUAUAUUCCAGUGUGGAAAGUGCAAAACACAAUUCAACUCUCUGCACAUGUUUGUUCUGCACAAGCGAGAGCACACAAGUACAAAGCUUCAAGAGCAGACCGUUGACUUGAGUCAGUAUCUGGUCAGCAAUGACAGCCCUAUUGUUCAGACUGAUGACAACUGUCAGGAUGCUACCGAUUAUGAUGAUUUUGACUCGAGCCAUGAGCUUGGUGACUCCAUUAUUUUACAGGAGAAUGAUAUUUUAUUUAGCAUGGAUGGUGCCAGUUACUUAACUUCCGAUUCGAGCUUUAGUGUACCAAUAAUUUUAAGCACCGAUGAUCUAGAAUCUUUCGACAACACGUCUAUUAUAGCAGGAACUGAUGAUAAUCUCUUAAAUGAAGAAGUCAGUGAGAUGCAAGCUUUAGAAAAUGACAUUAAACAUAAUCAGAGCUUAGACGACGAUAGCAAUGGUCAAGAAGCAAUAAGUCUAGGUUCCCCAAAGGAUGUUAAACCAGCUGAAGACAUCAAAAAAGAGAGUCAGUUGGGUCAAAUACAGAAUUUUAAGUACAAGUGCAGCUACUGUCACAAGCAAUUUGCCAAAAAGUUUUAUUGGCAGCAACAUGAAAGAUCUCAUACAGGCGAAAAGCCAUAUCAAUGUGUAGUCUGUGGUCGUCCCUUUGCUCAAAAGUCCAACGUAAAAAAACACAUGUCAUCGCAUAAAGUAUGGCCAGGCACGGCGAUUCAUUCACUACCACCAGAAGCACCGGUCGACGGCAGCAUCGAGCGUUCAUACCAUUGCCAAUUUUGUAAAGAGAUCUUCGAUUCAUACAAGGCGCUCAAAAAUCAUCUGAUCGUUUCACACCUCACUCUCAAAGUAUACAAAUGCGUUCAAUACGGCUGUGGCUCCAUGUUUGCCGAAUUAGACGACUUCCUUGAGCACACUCGCAGCCACAAGCGUUCCGAGUACCGCUGUCACGUGUGUGGUGACACUUUUAACACUUUGUCUGAUCUCGGCCUCCACCAAUACACGCACUCCGUCCAAAAGCAAAAAACCACUGAGAAGUACUAUUGUUGCUCGGUGUGUAAAUCAUCCUUUUCCAAUCUUGAAGCGCUACAGCAUCACACAGAGACGACGACCCAUGAUUACGGGUGUCCCCAUUGCGGCAAGAGUUUCUUGAUCGAGAGGUUUUUACGUCGGCAUCUUAAAACUCAUACGUCUUUUGCACGCUUUGCUUGUGAGGACUGUGGCAAAGCUUUUAAAACUGAGCAAUACCUUGCCAAUCACAAACUUAUUCAUAGUGACGAGACGCCCUUCCACUGCCCACAUUGUCCAGCACGUUUUAAGCGGAAAGACCGACUAGGUCGGCACAUGCUCAUCCACGAUCUAAGCAAACGGCUCAAGUGUCCGUUCCGCUCCUAUCUUGGGUGCAUGAGCGAGUUCUCAAGACCGGACAAACUCAAGCGCCAUUUGCUCACCCACAAUAACGUUAAGCGAUUUAGUUGUAACAUAUGCAACCGGCACUUUCACCGAGCUCAGGCGCUCAAGCAUCACGAGAUCAACAAGCACAGUCUGAAAUGUGACGUGUGCUCGCAUAUAUUUAGAUCUAAAGAGCAACUUGUGAGUCAUAAUUGCGAGCAGUCCAGUGAACUGAGGAAGCACACAAGUUCUCAGCUACCAAAGAAAGCCUCUGGUACCUUCAAACCGCGAAGACCAACUCCAAAAAGACAACUUUCUUCUAAAACUAGUUCUACUACAUCAAGUCCUUGUGAUAAAGAGAAGAUCAAGGCUGAGGAUGUACAAAUGCAGAACAUUGUUACGGUGGAGACUUUAAUAGUCAAUCAUCAAGAAAACGAUUUUGAUGCAAAGAUAGAAAAUUUGGAUCUUGAUCUCGAUCUCAGCAGUGAGAUUCCAUUAAGAAUAGAUCCUCUGAGAAUUGAUCCUCUAAGGAGUGAUUAAACAAAUUAUAAUUAAGAAUUUCGUUUUCCAAGGAUAUUAAGGGAAAACACGAAAUUGAAACGAUUUUUAGAUAAUGUGACUGUCUUGAGCAGACGAUAAAACUUGCAUUUUUUUAAGAACUGUAGCAUUACGGUAUUUUGUAGUUUACGUAUCUGUGAUAAUUGUAUUAUAAAAUUUAACUGUAUAAGUAACUUAUACAUUUUUGUGUGUGUACUUUUAGAAUUUAUUAUAAUGAACUUAAAUGGAUGAAGUAAUA